AUGGGGUCUUACGAAGACUCCUACAAUCAACUCUCGUUGUAUUUGCACGAGUUGAGGAGGGCCAACCCAGGGACAGUUACUGCCGUGCUUGCUAACCAACAAACUUGCAGGUUCGAGAGAUGUUUUGUAGCUCUCGGACAAUGCAUUCGAAGUUUUCAGAAAUCAUUGCGAAGGGUAUUGGCCAUUGACGGGACACACUUAAAAGGCAAAUACAAGGGUGUACUAUUCAUCGCCAUGGCUUUAGAUGGGGACAAUUAUAUAUUUCUAAUUGCGUUUGGCAUCGGGGAAUCAGAGAACAAGAGUAGUUGGAAUUGGUUCCUUACCUACCUUAACGAUGUGUUAGGGUCUGUGGAGGGUCUUGUCAUUAUAUCCGACCGAUAUAAAGGUCUAAUGAAAGAGGUUCCCCAAGUCUUCCCGCAUGCAAUCCAUGAGUAUUGCGCGUACCACAUCUACAGAAACUUGGUGGACACUUUUAAGGACAAGUCGUUGGAGAUGUAUUACUGCAGAUCUGUGAAGACUUACAGGAGGGCCGAAUUUGAAAAAAUUAUCCAUGAUAUCGAAAUGGCCAAUCCCCCAGUACAUGUAUGGCUGACAGAAAUCGGGUACAAGAGAUGGGCAUCUUUGCACUUUCCAGGCCGAAGAUUCAACUUGGUCACAACAAACAUUUCUGAGUGCGUUAAUGCCCUUUUCAAAGAAGCAUGCAAAUACCCCAUUAUGAAAUUGAUAGAGGCUGUAAUGUUGAAGAUACAAGAAUUGUUUUACAAGAGACGAGAAUCUGCGCCAUCAUUUAUUGGUCCAUUGACACCAUGGGCGGAGAAACAGUUAAAGGAUAUCGUAUAG